AUGUCCAUUCAGUGUCCUUGUGAACUACAGAUCAACAUUGUGUCUGCCCUGUACGGACGGGAAUCCCCAGCGCAUUGUCCCCCGCCCCAUCUUCCCCACCCCGGUGUACGUAGCAACAACUGCAGAAGUCCCAACAGCCUGGCUCGGGUCAGGGACAGCUGCCAGGGGAAGACCAACUGCUCUGUGGAAGCCUCCAACAGCGUGUUCGGGGAACCUUGCCACGGCACGUCCAAGUACCUGGAAGUCGAGUACAACUGCAUGGCACCUGAAACUGAAUGGAAUGCCACUACCAUCUGCACCAAUGAAUACAUGGAGCUGUCUAUUCCCAAGGGGCAACUGCCUAACAUCACCCUUAACAACCUUCACUGGGGGACUAGCAGCAGCUGUGUGGCCAAAACCGACGCCACCCACUACAUUUUCCGUACAGGACUGUACAGUUGUGGAACACAGGUAAACUUCGGUAAGAAGUACGUAACAUUUGUGAACAGCAUCAGCAUCACGGGUACCCAUCAGGGCAAUGGGGUCAUCACCAGGGAGAACGACAUUUCCAUUACAUCUGUAUGUCUGUACUCGCGGAACGAGUCAGUGAAUGCCACAUUCCAGCCCAUUCCUGGUGGACUCAUCUUUACGGAGGAGGGUUUCGGUCGUCUGGAGGUGCGUCUCUCCAUAUUUUGCACAAGUCAGUACGAAAAGAUUAAAAACCCUGGCGACUACCCCAUCCGCCUCAAGCUGCGGCAGAAAGCCUACCUGGAGCUGGAAGUGGAGGGACAUGGACAGAGACUCUCCGUGUUGGCGCUGGACUGUAAGGCAACAACGUCACCCGACCCCAACGGUAGCCCAUCUCAUCAACUCAUAAGCGAUGGUUGUCCCUCUGAUGGCACUCUCAAAUUGGACCUGUUUAAGCACAGCAAGGAACGCUUUAGUUUUGAAGCGUUCCGCUUCGUCGGUGGGUGGAAGCAGGUGUACGUGCACUGUGAGGUGCUAGUCUGUGACGCACAGGAUGUUAACUCCCGUUGUGCACAGGGUUGCGUCCGGAGGGGAAAAAGGGCUGCCGAGGAGGUCGGCAUGAAAGGACGUCACAUGAUUUACCAGGGCCCAUUCGUCCUGGAUAAUGACAACGAAGAGAUCCUGCAAGAAGUGGAUGACCAGGAGAAUGCCCCAGGUCGCAACCGCGAGCCCUUGGCCAUGUUGGCUGCCGGAGGAGGCCUGAUGGCGCUGGCCCUUGCCGUGCUGCUGGCCCUUGCCGUGCUGGGCGCAGCCUUUAUGAUCACCCGGGCUCGCCGUGACAGGGGCUUUACAAGGUUCCGCCAGGCUUAUCAGGAUAUGCCCGAUAUUUUCCAGGACGGAGAGUAG